AUGCUGUUUGUUGAAUGCACUGAGUGUGGAAGAAAGAUGCAUCAGAUCUGCGUCCUUCAUCAUGAAAUCAUCUGGCCAGCUGGAUUUUUCUGUGAUGGAUGCUUAAAGAAAACUGCACGAACUAGGAAAGAAAAUAAGUUUUCUGCUAAAAGGUUGCCAUCUACCAGGCUUGGAACCUUUCUGGAGAAUCGUGUGAAUGACUUUCUGAGGCGACAAAAUCACCCUGAAUCAGGAGAGGUUACUGUUAGGGUUGUUCAUGCUUCUGACAAAACUGUGGAGGUGAAACCAGGCAUGAAAGCAAGGUUUGUAGAUAGUGGAGAGAUGGCAGAAUCCUUUCCAUACCGAACCAAAGCUCUCUUUGCCUUUGAAGAAAUUGAUGGUGUUGACUUGUGUUUCUUCGGUAUGCACGUUCAAGAGUAUGGCUCUGAUUGCCCUCCACCCAACCAGAGGAGAGUGUAUAUAUCUUACCUCGAUAGUGUUCAUUUCUUCCGCCCUAAAUGCUUGAGGACUGCAGUCUAUCAUGAAAUUCUAAUCGGAUAUUUAGAGUAUGUGAAGAAAUUAGGAUAUACAACAGGGCAUAUUUGGGCCUGUCCACCAAGUGAGGGGGAUGAUUAUAUCUUCCAUUGCCAUCCUCCUGACCAGAAGAUACCCAAGCCCAAGCGACUGCAAGAGUGGUACAAAAAAAUGCUUGACAAGGCUGUGUCUGAACGGAUUGUCCAUGACUAUAAGGAUAUUUUUAAACAAGCUACUGAAGACCGAUUAACAAGUGCAAAGGAAUUACCGUACUUCGAGGGUGAUUUCUGGCCCAAUGUUCUGGAAGAGAGCAUUAAGGAACUGGAACAGGAGGAGGAAGAAAGAAAGCGGGAAGAGAACACCAGCAAUGAAAGCACUGAUGUGACAAAGGGAGACAGCAAAAAUGCUAAAAAGAAGAACAAUAAAAAAACCAGCAAAAAUAAGAGCAGCUUAAGUAGGGGCAACAAAAAGAAGGCUGGCAUGCCCAAUGUGUCUAAUGACCUCUCCCAGAAACUCUACGCCACCAUGGAGAAACAUAAAGAGGUCUUCUUUGUGAUCCGCCUCAUUGCUGGGCCUGCUGCCAACUCACUGCCUCCCAUUGUUGACCCGGACCCGCUCAUCCCCUGUGAUCUGAUGGAUGGGCGAGAUGCAUUCCUCACCCUCGCACGGGACAAGCACUUGGAGUUCUCCUCACUGAGGCGAGCCCAAUGGUCCACCAUGUGCAUGCUUGUAGAGCUGCACACACAGAGCCAGGACCGCUUUGUCUACACCUGCAACGAGUGCAAACACCAUGUGGAGACACGCUGGCACUGCACUGUCUGUGAGGAUUAUGACUUGUGUAUCACCUGCUAUAACACUAAAAACCAUGACCACAAGAUGGAGAAACUGGGUCUCGGCUUAGAUGAUGAGAGCAACAACCAGCAGGCUGCGGCCACCCAGAGCCCGGGAGACUCUCGCCGCCUGAGCAUCCAGCGCUGCAUCCAGUCCCUGGUCCACGCCUGCCAGUGCCGCAAUGCCAACUGCUCCCUGCCCUCCUGCCAAAAGAUGAAACGGGUUGUACAGCACACCAAGGGCUGCAAACGGAAAACCAAUGGCGGGUGUCCCAUCUGCAAGCAGCUUAUUGCCCUCUGCUGUUACCAUGCCAAGCACUGCCAGGAGAACAAGUGCCCUGUGCCGUUCUGCCUCAACAUCAAGCAAAAGCUGCGGCAACAGCAACUGCAACACAGGCUCCAGCAGGCCCAGAUGCUGCGCAGGAGGAUGGCCAGCAUGCAGCGCACCGGUGUGGUGGGGCAGCAGCAGGGCCUGCCCUCCCCAACUCCUGCCACUCCAACCACACCGACGGGCCAGCAGCCAACAACCCCGCAGACACCCCAGCCCCAACCUGUCUCUCAGCCCCAACCCACCCCUCCUGCCAGCAUGCCACCUUACUUACCUAGGACUCAAACUGCUGGCCCAGUGUCCCAGGGUAAGGCAGCAGGUCAGGUGACCCCUCCAACUCCUCCUCAGACUGCACAGCCUCCCCUUCCAGGACCUCCACCAGCUGCAGUAGAAAUGGCAAUGCAGAUUCAGAGAGCAGCAGAGACACAGCGCCAGAUGGCUCAUGUGCAAAUUUUCCAAAGGCCAAUCCAGCACCAGAUGCCCCAGAUGACUCCCAUGACUCCCAUGGGUAUGAACCCACCUCCCAUGAACAGAGGUCCCAGUGGGCAUCUGGAGCCGGGGAUGGGGCCCACGGCAAUGCAGCAGCAGCUCCCCUGGGCCCAAGGAGGACUGCCUCAGCCCCAGCAACUCCAGUCUGGGAUGCCAAGGCCAGCCAUGAUGUCAGUGGCCCAGCAUGGGCAGCCCUUGAACAUGGCUCCACAGCCAGGACUGGGCCAGCUAGGUGUGAGCCCACUCAAACCAGGCACUGUGUCUCAACAAGCCUUACAAAACCUGCUGCGGACUCUCAGGUCUCCCAGCUCUCCCCUACAGCAGCAACAGGUGCUUAGUAUCCUUCACGCCAACCCCCAGCUGUUGGCUGCAUUCAUAAAACAGCGGGCUGCCAAGUACGCCAACUCUAAUCCACAGCCUCUCCCUGGACAGCCCGGUAUGGCCCAGGGACAGCCAGGGCUGCAGCCCCCAGCCAUGCCGGGUCAGCAGGGGGUCCACUCUGGAUCAGCCAUGCAGAACAUGAAUCCCAUGCAGGCCGGCGUGCAGAGGGCUGGCCUGGGCCAGCAGCAGCCGCAGCAGCAACUCCAGCCACCCAUGGGAGGGAUGAGCCCCCAGGCGCAGCCAGUGAAUGUGAAUCACGGCAGCAUGUCUUCCCAGUUUCGGGACAUGUUGAGACAGCAACAGAUGAUGCGGCAGCAGCAGGGUGCAGGGCCUGGAAUAGGCCCUGGAAUGGCCAACCAUAACCAGUUUCAGCAACCCCAGGGAGUUGUUUACCCUCCACAACAGCAGCAACAGCAACGGAUGCAGCAUCACAUACAGCAGAUGCAACAAGGCAGCAUGGGACAGAUGGGCCAGCUCCCCCAGGCCUUGGGAUCAGAGGCAGGGGCCAGUCUACAGGCCUAUCAGCAGCGACUCCUCCAGCAGCAGAUGGGGUCUCCUGCUCAGCCCAAUCCCAUGAGCCCCCAGCAGCAUAUGCUUCCAAACCAGGCCCAGUCCCCACACCUCCAAGGCCAGCAGAUCCCAAAUUCUCUCUCCAAUCAAGUGCGCUCCCCCCAGCCUGUCCCUUCUCCUCGGCCACAGUCCCAACCCCCGCACUCCAGCCCGUCCCCAAGGAUGCAGCCUCAGCCUUCUCCACACCAUGUUUCCCCACAAACCAGUUCCCCACAUCCUGGACUGGUUGCUGCCCAGGCCGCCAACCCCAUGGAACAAGGGCAUUUUGCCAGCCCAGACCAGAAUCCGAUGCUCUCUCAGCUCGCUAGCCAUCCAGGCAUGGCAAACCUCCAUGGUGCAAGUGCCACGGACCUGGGACUCAGCACCGAUAACUCAGACUUGAAUUCAAACCUCUCACAGAGUACACUAGACAUACACUAGAGACACCUUGUAGUAUUUUGGGAGCAAAAAAAAAAAA